CACGUUUUCUUUGUUGGGUUGUUUCAAUUACUGCAGUUUGACCUGAUGGCUGCAGUCCGUGCAAUAAGUUCAGCCCUGCAUGCCUGCUUCUGUUGAUGUCAUUGCUGAUAGUGACAGCGAUGUGGCUGAAGUUGUGGACAUCACUGUUGAUAGUGACGAUGCGGAUGAAGUCGCUGAAGUGAAUCUUCCAGCUGGGGUUCCCCCGCUGAGUUUCCAUGGGUACCGCCGUGGCCGAGAACUAGGCCAAGGAGGAUCUAGCCAAGUUUUUGUUUGCAGCAAAACAGGCAGCCAAGUUGGUUUUGCUGCCAAAGCUGUCAAUCUGCGUCGGCUACAGAUGAGUCCAGACGUGGAGAGGGAGUGGAAGAAGUUAUGUCGUGAGGUUGAGAUUUGGAAGCAGCUGCCCGCACAUCCAAAUAUCGUCCAGCUGGUUGAUUCCUUCCAAGAAGGAGGCUGGUUCUUGAUGGUUUUGGAGCUGGUUGGUGGAGGCGACCUGUUCACCGUUUUGACAUCGCGGCCAUCGUCAAGGUUCCUGGAUCGAGAAGCGGCCUUUGUUGGCGGUCAGUUGGCUCAAGGCCUUGCCUUCCUUCAUGGCCGAGGUGUUGUCCAUAGAGAUGUGAAACUGGAGAAUGUGCUUGUGGCCUCCCAAAGACGAGCGUACACAAGCGGUCCCAUUCUUUAUAGCGUUAAGAUUACUGACUUUGGACUUUCUCGUCUGCUGGAUACUGCUUCUGUUGCACAGUCAACUGUCGGGACUCACCCGUACUGCGCGCCGGAGGUGUUGGGCGAAGGCUCACACAACUUCAGCGCUGAUGUUUGGUGCCUUGGGAUUCUCCUCUUUGUGCUGCUUUCGGGGCAUUUCCCGUUCAACACCAUGCCUGCGGAGCAGACGGAUUUGGAUCGCAUCAUUGAAAACUCAGUCGGCGAAAGGGCGAAGGCAGUGCUAUGUGGCUUACUGCAGUUGCAGCCGGCGCAAAGAAGAAAUUUGUCGGAGCUUCUAAAUCACCAAUGGUUUCAGGAGGACGAGUGGGAUGAACAGCCGCUCAAGCGCCAUCGCACAUUGUCAACUAGUGAUGUUGUUGUCACGCCUUCUGGGAUCUCGAACAUGGAAGCGAUACCUCCAGUCAAUGGUCAGCUGGAAGAGUGCAAGGCCUCAUCUCCAGCGUUUGAAGAGGUGGAUGCUUCUCCUUGUGACUCCCCCUUUCCAUGUUCUCCAUUCCCUUGCGAAUCUCCGUUGCCUUGUCCAUCGCCCUUGCCUGGGCCAUUUGAUGCUGAAGGAGUGGCAUCACCUGGAGUCUGGACACCCUUUGCAGUGGAGGUGGCGCUCAAACUCAGUGACGUGCAACCGCCUGUGGAAUUGCAGCCGGACUACAUGCAGGUUCACCUUGUGAUUCCAGAUCGCUUUGCCGGCUUCAUCCUGGGAAAGAAUGGAUCCCGAAUCCAGAAGACAGCGUCAAAGAGCGGAUGCAAGGUGUGGAUGACGAAAAGAAAUGGUUCACAGGAUCGCCGUGUAAUUGUGAUUGGGAAUUACAAGCAGUGCAAGGUUGCUCAGCAGAUUGUCCAUGAGCAAUUGUCGACUGCCAUGCAGGUCGAUUGGCAGGAUGCGCAAGCUGACGUCAUUGUGUUUGUAAGAUCUGAAGCGGCCGGAAUGGUGACAGGCAAGCAAGGCUUUGUUCUGAAUCAGAUCCGGAAGCAGUCGGGAGCACAAGUCCAGCUGCUGCGAGAUGAGGUGCAGAGCACACGCCCCUGUAUCAUCAGUGGAACGCUGCAGAGCAUACUUAAAGCUCAAAAGCACAUUUUUGAAUUGGUGCGGGCUGCACCAGUGGUGCGCCCUGCAGACUCCUCGCAUGGGGCCAUUCGGUGACGAUGUGGCUUGAACAGUGCAGCACACCGCGACAAGGGAAGCCAAGUUUGCCGAGCGGCUGCUUUUUAUGUGUUCAAUGCCUGGCUCUGACCUCAUUAGCAUCAGGUCCCAGGUGAAAUGGUGUGUGUGAGCUGUUCUUUAUUCGUCACGGGAUGUGUCGUGUGGUGUGCCACAAGCAUCAGAGCCACGUAGUAUGGCAUUUAUUGCCUGACAUUGCCACGUUCGUUGAACCUUGGAAACUGCUCGCUGAAUCAUGGCAAUGCACAACUGCACAACAUUUGUCGGUUUUCAUAGCAUUGCUUGGCACUGCAACUACUACUUGGACAUGUGGCAUGUUUCCAAGCACCUUUAGGCCUGUGCAUGCCUUGUUCGUAUGCCUUUGCUCUUCGCAUGCAGGUGGAGAAGUAAAGCUUAAUGUGCAGGUUGUGCAGCCAAAAUUGUGACGCAUUCUAUGCGUGA